UCUCUCUCUCUCUCUCCCUCUCUCUCUCUCUCUUCCCCCUUCUCUGCUUUUCUGCUCUCUUCUUUUCCAGUAGCCAAGUCUAGGGCUGAAUCCCCUCUCUCCCUGUUUGCUAAGAAGAGCCGAAUCUUUUUCUUUCCCUUUCUUAUUCUUUUAUUUUUCUUCCUUUCAUUAUUAUUUUUUUUAAAGUCCUGGAAGGUGGCCUAUCUUCUCUCCUGGGGUUUCUCCGGCUAUUGUUACCCUUCCUGGCUUUCCCAGGAGUGUGCCUGGAAAGGUGGGGUUCUGGAGGGGGGCUUGCCUCCCUUCUCUAGCGAGACCCUGAGGGGAAGCCGGGAACCACUGUCUCCCUCCCACCCUUCCGAAGAGCCAUAUGGAGCCUGAAUUUUUCCAACAUGGAGGCAAGGGAAAUAGACAUGUUUGGCUGGGUAGAGCGGUUCCCCACCCCCUCUUCUGGAUCCCAGCUCUCAGAUCCCCGCGGCACCGUCCCUUCCCUUACGGUCCCGUUAGCCAGGCCUCUGCGCCUUCCAGCCUGGAACCUUGUUGGGCAAAGUCCCGGAGCAGAGUUGCUAAGGCGCCUUUUAAUUCGGUUACCUCCAGCGCCAAACUUGCCGCCGCAGGGCUCGGCCCGGGCCCGGCCGGGUUGCUUGGAACCUGCCGCAGCUAACUAGUUCGGCGUCCCGAUCGGUUUCUCCUCGCUUCCUUGAGCCUGAGCAGGAGGCUGGUAGCUUCUCUCCAGCCACCGAGGCAGCAGCGGCCAGACAGCCGGCCAGCAGCGGCAGCUGGAGGCUCUCCGAAUCCACAAACCUUCCUGGCCCUGCCUCACCGCCAGCGGACUCUCCAUUCUUUCCUAGCACGCCUCUGGCUCCUUUGCUUCCCACACUCGCCUGGCCUCUGUCCUGCCAUGGUUUGGGGCUUAUUGCUGGGGGAGCGACAGAAAUUUCAGCCCCAGGCGUCUAGUCAAAUUACUAGGUUUUUAUUUAUUACUAUUAUUAUUACCACCACCAUCAUCAUUAUUGCUGUAACACUCAUUUAGACUAAAUAAAGCCAGGACCCAGCCAGCUAACCCCCUCCAACGUUUUUAUUUCAUUCUCUUUUCUAUCUAUUAAUAACAAACUCAACCGAUGCCGGUUAAUUAAUUCUCCCUUUCAGCCAGGGCUGCUCCGAAGCUAAUUUUGGUUAAAUCAUCAGAGGCUAAUGGUAAUAAUAAUAAAGGGAUUGGGUCAGCCUGGUCAAUUGAACUCCAGUACUCCCUGGAAGGAAGGACCUGCUGCUUAGCAGACCCAUGUGUAUUAACAGAAACAAAAAUUUCUCGGAAUCCAAUCGGAACUCAGAGCUACCUCAGCUCCCUUUUAAGUAUAAAUCUUGCCAUUAGGAGCAGCGUUUAUGUGUGAGAGGGACAGACUCCGCCGGCAUUCCUUUCAUUUUAUUUUUAUAUUUAAGUUAAGUUUUCUUUGGAGUUGACCAGCGGGGCUGAAAUGAUAUUUUACGUUCUUCCAAAAGCACAUGACACAGAAAGGAUCAGUCUGGAGGUUUUAGGGAUGUACCCACCCACGGAGGGCUGGAGAAGACACAGGAGCCAUACAGUCAGAAAUCUGGGAACGAAUACAAAAUCCCCUGACACGGUCAAGCUUUAUUUUUCUGGUGCACUUUUGAAAGGCUGUAUUAAAAUAGUGAGCAUCAUCUUAUUUAUGUAUUUAUUUUUGCUGUUGGGAACCUCAGUAAACAGCAAAACCUUCCAAACCCAGAGAAGAAUAGUGCUCAAAUUGUUUUAUGAGUCUUUUUCAUCCUGAAUAAUUUCCCCCGCCUCAGUAGAAAAAUUCCAGCAGUUGUGCAAUUUUUUCUUUUUACUUUUUUCCUGAGGAAGAAAAGAACACAGUCUAUUAUGGAAAGGGGGGGGGGGGACUCAAGCCAAAUGGUCGUAGCACCAACCGGUCCUGCCUGGGAAAUCAAAACAAUCACGCUCCAUUUGGAGGCUCCACAGGGGCGCUGGCUGCUAGGUCCCAGGCUUGCCCGAGCCAAGACUGGAGGUGACGGUACCUGCAGAUGGGACAUAGAUGGAUGAAGCUUGCUCCCACUGGCUCUGGGAGUUAAAAAUCUUCAGGAAUUUUCUACCUUAGGCUGUUAUGAUCUUCCUGGAGGGAAGGGUCCCAGAUGAACUUGCUUUUCAGUCUGGCUUGGGUCCAAGAUCUGCAAGUUCCUUCCAGGCUAGACUUUGCUUAGGUGGAAGGAUCUGGAGAGAGGAGAGAGAGGCCCUCUACACUGGGACGAGGGCCUCCAAGAUGCUUUUAUUUUGGAGUCUAAUAGUGCCUCCUCCCUGGAAUUGCCUUUUCCCAGAGUUGGGGGGAGGUAAGCAGAAAUUGUAGGAAAGGUCAGGGGCUGGUGUAUGAGCAGGAGGGAAGGAAGUCAUGGUCCAUGAAGCAAUGGUAUCCUAUUCCCAAGCACUCCCCAAAGGAGUAUAAUCCUUUUUUAAAAAAUCGAAAUGAAAAUCGGUGUUUUGUUUUAUUUUGUUUUUCCUUUAAAAUUAAAGUUGAAGCAAGAAGCAUCCGUGUCAGGUCAGAUGCUUGGUCCCAGCGUCUGCUGCAGAAAGACUGGCGAGGAGAGAAGAAAAAAAAAAAUCCCUAUUGAUGUCAGUUCCCUUUUUAGUUCCUAAGAUGGAUUCGAGGCCCAGUCCUCUUCUCCCCGUGUGUCUCUUCUCUCGCCCCGCAGGUCAGCCGCUUGGAACAGACCCGGGAGGAGGGGGGCAGAAAGGGGAGGGGGGUCCGGCGUGUCACGUGACCCCCAGGGGUGCCAAUGUCCGGUCGUGAGGGUAUCAGGCCCUUGCAAGUUGCCACCCACUGCCCGGGCCUCGCCCAGCGAUGCAGAAAGCCACCUACUACGACAACACGGCAGCUGCGCUCUUCGGAGGCUACUCCUCGUAUCCUGGCAGCAAUGGUUUCGGCUACGACGGGCCUCCCCAGCCCCCCUUUCAGGCCGCCACGCACCUGGAGGGUGACUACCAGCGCUCAGCGUGUUCCCUGCAGUCCCUGGGCAAUGCCGUCCCACAUGCCAAGAGCAAGGAGCUCAACGGCAGCUGCCUGAGGCCCGGCCUGGCCCCAGAGCCCCUGCCCGCCCCGCCGGGCUCACCCCCACCCAGCGCCGCACCUACCAGUGCCACUAGCAACAGCAAUAACGGGAACGGGCCCAGCAAAAGCGGCCCCCCCAAGUGCGGUCCCGGCUCCAACUCUACCCUCACCAAACAGAUAUUCCCCUGGAUGAAAGAGUCGAGGCAAACGUCCAAGCUGAAAAACAGCUCCCCCGGCACAGCAGAAGGUUGUGGCGGCGGCGGCGGCGGCGGCGGCAGCGGCGGCGGGAGCAGCGGCGGGGGCGGCAGUGGCGGCGGGGGAGGGGACAAGAGCCCCCCGGGGUCGGCGGCGUCCAAGCGGGCACGGACGGCGUACACAAGCGCGCAGCUCGUUGAGCUGGAGAAAGAGUUCCACUUCAACCGCUACUUGUGCCGGCCGCGCCGCGUGGAGAUGGCCAAUCUGCUGAACCUCAGCGAGCGCCAGAUCAAGAUCUGGUUCCAGAACCGCCGCAUGAAAUACAAGAAAGACCAGAAGGCCAAGGGGCUGGCCUCGUCGUCUGGGGGUCCCUCUCCGGCCGGCAGCCCCCCACAGCCCAUGCAGUCCACCGCCGGCUUCAUGAACGCCUUACACUCCAUGACUCCCAGCUAUGACAGCCCGUCCCCGCCAGCCUUCGGCAAAGGCCACCAGAAUGCCUACGCGCUGCCCUCCAACUACCAGCCCCCCCUUAAAGGUUGCGGCGCCCCGCAGAAGUACCCCCCGACCCCGGCGCCCGAGUACGAGCCCCACGUCCUCCAAGCCAACGGGGGCGCCUACGGGACGCCCACCAUGCAGGGCAGCCCGGUGUACGUGGGCGGGGGUGGCUAUGCGGAUCCGCUGCCGCCCCCUGCCGGCCCCUCCCUCUACGGCCUCAAUCACCUUUCCCACCACCCCUCGGGGAACCUGGACUACAACGGGGCGCCCCCUAUGGCCCCCAGCCAGCAUCACGGACCCUGUGAUCCUCACCCCACUUACACAGACCUCUCCUCUCACCACGCACCACCUCAGGGUAGAAUCCAAGAAGCGCCCAAAUUGACACACCUGUGAUGUGAGGGGCGGGUGGGGGGUGGGGGGCGAGAUCAAGGGCCAGGGAGGUGGUGGAGCUGCUGGUGGGGGCAGUCUGGUGGCCUGGAAGAGGUGCGUGUUGGGGGGUGGUUGCAGGCUUCCAGAAACAAGACAGGCCUGGGGCGCCUUCCCCUCUCACUGGCCUGAGUCCUCCAUGCCUGGUUCCAUCUGCCCGCCCACACCCUUGGAAAGGAACCCACAGCAGAUUGGAGGCGACCACAUCAGUCCCAGGGCUCCAGUACUACCAAGUUGGGAUUUCAGAUUGGAGAGGGAGUCGGGUAGACGGAACCAAGACAGGCAAGCAGGGCAGAGAGAGAAGCACAUUCAGAACUUAUGGCUUGGCUUUCAUUAACCAACCAACCAACCAACCAACCAACCAACCAACCAACCAACCAACCAACUUACCUUCCAUCUCUGUGGGCAAUUCCCCCAAAUCUUGAUUUUUUUUUCCUCCCUUUCAUUCUCCUUAUGAAAAAUAAGAAAACACAUUUAAAUCUAAGGGCACAAAGUGUUUCCCUUCCACACCCCUAAAGCCUCAAUUUGUCCCCAUCUGUUCGGGGCUUCCUGCCAUGCCCACCAUUUCUAGCCCCAUGAUUUUCUGAUCUAAGGACGUAUCUAUACCCCACCCCUAUUGAUGAUAAGUUUCAGAGGGCUCAGGGAUGGUGGGAGAUCCUGAAGGUUAGAGCUGCCUAUAAUAUAAAUAGAUAUAUUUUUUUUUCUUUUAAGGAAAAGUUAAGAGACUAAGGCAGGCCAAGGUGUCAGGACUGGAGGUUUGCCUGCUCAGCAGCCUCUCAGCUCCCACCCCAUCCCACUCUCUCUCCAUGGAAGGCAAUCCACACGGAGCUCUCCGCUUCCCUAUUUCUUCUGUUACUCUCUUGACUUAAUGUGAAAACAGGGUAUAUUUGAACAAACUGUCUGUCCUCGGCAGGGGCUGCAGCUGGGCCUGUGUACCUUGCUCCAGCCCCUGACAGGACACUCUUGUUGCACUUGGAGUUUACAUUUUAAUGGAUAUUAAAAAAAAAAAAAAAAACCAACUGUGAGAGAUGCCUGGGCCUGCAAAAGUCCAGCUUCGCUCAAAAAGCGUGUGUUCUAGUGAACAUUUUCAUAUAUAUUUAUUGGUUAUAGCCUGUUAAAAUAUUUUCUUUUUUGUAUUAUUUAUCCCCCCCCUACAUUAUGUAUUUAUAUGAGGAACAAAAAAGGAAAAAAUGUACUUUUUUAGUAUUUACUUGUUAUAAAGGAUGUUGUGUUUCCUGUCAUGUAAAACCAGCUAUUUUAGUUUUUAUUGUAUUCUAGACAAGAGCUGUAGAUUUAUGUUAAACUCGUACUUAUGAGCAAUUGUAAUUAGUUCUAAAAGGCAUGAACUCAGCUCCUAAUGGUCACUGUAUAGUCCUGAAUUUGUAGACUUAGAGUUAAUUCUCUCUUGGAACUUUCUUUGUUCUUCUGUAGUUACUUUUCCCCCCCUUAGUUAAAAGGGUUGUCUGUCAAAACAAUUCUUGAAUAAACUUUCUGUUAUCAAUUUUA